GUAUCUAGACUCGGAGCAGCUCGGCUCUGCUCGGUUUGUUUUCAUCCCGCCCUCCAGCGAACGGAGCGAGAUGAAAAGCGAGUCCAAAGAGUGUCGGACAGAGAAGAACGGGAUCCGCUCAAGACCGGGACCUGCUCAAGAUCAGGAUUUCACACAGAAUCUGGACCCGCUCAAGAUCAGGACCUCGCACAAAAGCAGGACCCGGAGUGGUGCUCAGUCGCAUCAGGUCUCAGUCACCGGGCAGUUGGACGCAACGCAGCCGGGUUGCGCUGCGCUCCCGGCGGCUCCAGCUCCACCUGCGUCCCGCUGACAUGUACCAGGUCCAGGGCAAAGGUGAGAGGGUCGUUGCCAUGGUGCUGAAGGAGCUUCCUGGUAAAAAGACAUCCAGUGAAGGAAACGCCCUCCUCACCGUGACAACCAAGUUGGGUGGUGAACAGCAGGAGAGUCGCCCCCUGCUGAGUCCUUCCAUCGACGACUUCCUGUCAGAGAGUCGGAGCGACGCCCCCUCCUCCUCCUCUGCCCGCACCCCCACCUCCAACACAGCAGGCGUGUCCUCUCUGGACCUGGUCGACCUCAGUGAGCCAAGUCAUAGCAAUGGGUGGAGUCACAAGGAGCAGAGGCGGAGCCCUCUGAGGAGGAAAGGCAGCUCGAUGAGUCCUCGACGCCGGGUGACACUUGAGGACACAGAGCUGAUCAGGGUGGAGGCGGAGCAUCUGGACUCAGUCAGUCUGUCGCCUCCUCUGGACCACUGGGACGAGGUGGACGGAGGUCGUAGGAGGACACCUGAGAAGAGAUGCUCCUCCCACCACUCAUCUAGUGAACUGCUGUGGUCUGCAGACUUUAAAACAAACGCUCUAAGCAAGACCUUUGACCUCCACGAUGACCUGGUCUUUAAGACGUCACCACAGGAGUCUGCGGCUUUCAAACAUCGCAGACGGACUCGUUCACUUCUGACCAGAAACGAAUCUCUCGAGGACGAGUUUGUGAGAGCAAAGGCUGCUGUGGAGUCAGACACUGAGUUCUGGGAUAAGAUGCAGGCAGAGUGGGAGGAGCUUGCUCGAAGGAAUUGGCUGGAGGAGUCUGAGGAUCAGCAGCCGAUCCAGCCCACAGUCUCACCUGUGGAGAAGGUGUACCACUUUAACGCAGAUAACCCGUACAGGGAGUGGCCUAACGCUUUUGCAGAGGGUCAGGCGAAAUCACGAGAAGGAGACCUGAACGCUGCUGUGCUGCUGCUGGAGGCGGCCAUUUUACAGGACCCUCAGGACCAUGAGGCCUGGCAGCUUCUGGGAAAAACUCUGGCUGAGAACGAGAACGAGCAGGCGGCCAUCACGUCUCUGCAGAGGUGUGUGGAGCUCCACCCUAACAGCCUUGAGGCUCUCAUGGCGCUCGCCGUCAGCUUCACUAACAUCGGUCUCCAGCAGGAGGCGUGUGACUCCCUGCGGCGCUGGAUCAGUCACAACCCACGGUACAAACACCUGGUCCUGGUCCACAGGAGUCCACUACAGGGUUCCCCAGCCACACCACGCAGGGACCCCCACACGCUCACACCACCGAGGGCGGAGCUCCAGGAUGCGCUCCUCCUCUUUCAGGAAGCAUCUCAGGAGAACGUAGACUCUGUGGAUCCAGACCUUCAGACUGGACUCGGUGUCCUCUUCAACCUCAGCUCUGACUUCAACAAAGCAGUGGCAGCGUUUACUGCAGCACUGAGUGUCAGACCCCAGGACUACCUGCUGUGGAACCGUCUCGGGGCAACACUGGCAAACGGGAACCGCAGCGAGGAGGCGGUGGAGGCGUACACGCGAGCUCUGGAGCUCCAGCCCGGAUUCAUCCGGUCCAGGUAUAACCUGGGAAUCAGCUGCAUGAACCUGGGGGCGCACAGGGAGGCGGUCAGUAACUUCCUGACAGCUCUGAACCAGCAGAGGCGGAGUCAGCGCUGCAGCCACCAGCAGAUGUCGGCCAACAUCUGGGCUGCUCUGCGCAUCGCCGUCUCCAUGAUGGACCAACCCGAGCUGUUCCAGGCCGCCAACAGUGGGGACCUGGACCUGCUGAUGCGGGCCUUCGAUGCGGGCAACGUGGGACGGUGAGCGGGGCCACAGGAGGUGGAGAUGAAGAGCACAACCCUUUAAUGACCACUCGUAAAUUUAAAGCCAUAAAACUUCACAGCACCUUUAGCCACGCCCAGCAGUGAUGUCAUAGUGUUUGACACACCUGCAGCACAGACCACUUCCUGUUGUUUGCACCAUGUCAACAGAAUUAUUUCACAAUGUCCAGAAAGUGCACUGAUGACUUUUAUUGUGAAAGGGUUGUUUUGUGGAAAAAUAAAGCAAUAUUCAUGUCAGUGUUUGGUUGUAAUGUACAACAUCACCAAUAGAUGUCACCAAACCCUCAACCACUGAAGCUGCUACUGAUAUUCGCCAUCACCUGCAGACAGGAAGCUCACCUGCACUGAUUUACCAAAAUAUGUCAGUGUUUUGCCUCCUGCAGGUGAAGAAAGGAACAACUGAGUCAAGUUUUUGGUUUUAUUUUGAAAGUUCCGUUUUAUUUGACAGUCUGGUCUUUAUUUUGAAAGACUGUGGUUUUAUUUUGAUGGUCUUUUUUG